UGGCGUCAUGCUAAAUGUCAUGUCAAUGUUGAGAGUCCCUCAGCAGAUGAUGAAGAUGAAGGACCAAUGAUGUGAAGGCCCAGAUCCAUCAGAGUAUCAAUGUUCUUCCUCUGUCUCCUCCCCUCUCACUGCAGACAUGAAACACUGGCUGAGAAACAUCCUGAUUCUGACUCUCUGUCUAGAGUGUAAAGGAGAAGACAGAGUGAUCCAGCCAACAGGAGAUGUCAUCGCUACUGAAGGACACACAGUUACACUUGGCUGUACAUUUGAGACCAGUAACCCAGGUCCAUAUUUAUACUGGUACAAACAAGAAGCUAAAGAUCACCCAAAGUACAUGCUGAAGCGUUACUCAAACACAGAAGAUAAUGCUCCAGAGUUCCAGAAAGACAGAUUUGAUGCAACACUCAACAAGACAUCAGUUCCUCUGAAGAUCCAGAAGCUUCAGCUGUCUGACUCUGCUGUGUACUACUGUGCUCUGCAGCCCACAGUGACAGGAAACACCAAAACUCUGUACAAAAACAUUAUGAGCAAAGACAACACAAUACUCCACAACAUCCACUAGAGGCAGUCACCCACUGUUUGACUUCAACAGGAGGUCCAAAUAGAGUCUACAGUCUUACAACAAGUCAGUUACAACAGUCUUACUACUUACAACAAAGCCACAAAACACAGAGGACUUAAUCUACUGCAUCAGAUAUGUGUUUGUGUCUUUUAUGAUAAUGAGAAGUUUAAAUUAAUGAAAGUUUCACAGAGAAAAUCCUCAGACAUGCUAACAGGGAGGCUCCAACACUGAUCCUUAAAGCUGAAACUGGUUCACACAACCUGACAGUUUGGACAAAUAAUGAUUAAAAUAUGGAUCACUAAUUGAUUUUAUUGACACAUAAUAUGUUUCUCUGUAUGCUGACUGUGUUCCUCACUGAUUUUUCAAAUAA